AUGGAAGCUGUUUUGUUUGAUUUUAAUGGGACUUUAAUAUUUGAUACUCCUCUUCAUGCAUUUUGUUGGAAAGAAAUGGCAAAAAGAAUAAGAGGUACUCCAUUAAGUGAGGAUGAAUUUAAAUUAUUGAAUGGUAGAACAAAUAAACAAUUAAUUGAACAUAUUCUCAAUAAAGAAAUAAGUGAUGAAGAUGCAAAGAAAUAUGCUGAAGAAAAAGAAAAUUUAUAUAGAACUAUGUUAAUGAAAAGUGAUAUAAAAUUAUGUGAUGGUGCAAUUAAUCUUUUUGAGGCAUUAAAAAAAUGUAAUAUUCCUUUUACUAUUGCCACUUCAAGUGAUUGGGGAAAUGUUCAAGUGUUUAUUCAAAAAUACCACUUGGAAGAAUGGUUUGAUAUUGAUAAAAUUAUUUUUAAUGAUUUUACUUUUAAAGGUAAACCUGCUCCUGACAUUUAUUUAAAAGCUUCUAAGAAAUUAGGAGUUAGUAUUUCUCAUUGUAUUGUAUUUGAAGAUACUAUUUCAGGUAUUCAUUCUGCAUUAUCAGCUGGUGCUACUCCAAUAGGAAUUGCCUCAGAAAUGACUGUUAAUGAAUUACUUCAAAUUAAAGGAUGCAACCUGGCAAUUCACACAUUUAAUGAGAUAACAAUUGAGGAGAUGGUUGAUUUGAUUAAGAAUAAAUAAUAAAGGGUUUUUGAU